UAAAAGAAUAAUUUUGUAUAUUAUGAUUAUAGUUUACGGUGGACUCUUUAUUUCAUUGUUAAUGAAGUUAUCCGUUAAAUAAUUUUUUUAAUUGUAGGCGGUGGUCGGCUCUCUAGUUCAUUGUGAAUGGAGUUAAUUACACAUUCAAUAAUAUAUUAAUGAAUUCAAUGUCACCUAAGUCGAUGAAAAUAAUGAGUAGCAAUACACAUUUCUAGAACGGCAUAAUCGAGUUGUUGACACCACUAACAAAAUUUAUGUUAACAAAGAAAUAUGGUGUCUUUUCAGGAUGUAAUGUUUGGUGGCACUGAGACGGUGGCGUCCGCCAUUGAGUGGGCCAUGACGGAGUUGUUGAGAAGCCCGGAAGAUCUCAAGAAGGUCCAACAAGAAUUAGCCACCGUCGUCGGCCUCGACCGGAAAGUUGAGGAGUCGGACUUCGAGAAGCUCACCUUCCUCCGAUGCUGUCUCAAAGAGGUGCUUCGCCUCCAUCCGCCCAUUCCCCUCCUCCUCCACGAGACGUCCGAGACAGCAGUGGUGGCGGGGUACCAGAUUCCGGCCAAGUCACGUGUCAUGAUCAAUGCAUGGGCCAUUGGACGUGACAACAAUGCAUGGGAGGAUCCGGAAGAGUUCAAACCCGCUAGGUUUCUCAAAGAUGGGGUACCGGAUUUUAAGGGAAGUAAUUUUGAGUUCAUUCCAUUCGGGUCGGGUCGGAGGUCCUGCCCCGGUAUGCAACUUGGGCUUUAUGCAUUGGAAGUGGCAGUGGCUCAUCUUCUCCACUGUUUCACAUGGGAACUGCCUAAUGGGAUGAAGCCAAGUGAACUCGACAUGGAUGAUGUUUUUGGACUCACUGCGCCACGUGCAACUCGCCUUAAAGCGGUGCCGAGUCCAAGAUUGCUGUGUCAACUCUACUGAGUCAAUGAGUGCUGCCAUUGUUGACACACUGUGAAAAGGAGUGUUACAUAUUUUCUAUUUUCUACUUUUUUUAAAUAAUUUUUCCUGCAUAUAUAUUUUAGGAGGAAAUGAACAAAAAAUAACAGUUUGACGUAAUAUCUGAACAUUGAAUGUGCAAAUUUGGUUUUUUUUAUUGAAAAUUGGUUUUUGAGCAUU